UCAGGCCUCAGUGAGAGAAGGUAAACCAACAACUCUGUUCUACGAUGAACUGAGGGGAGUACAACGGGCUAACGACCCUGCAAAAAGUGUUUAGUUUCCUUGGAAUCAGCCAUUCAACAUUAAAAUCAUUGUUGAGGCUCUUUAGCAUUCGUCCAACGAUAUAUUUUUCAUCGAUCCGUCAUUUUGUACGAUAAUUUCCACGUCGAACGGCCGUAACUAGGUUCACUCGCCAGUCGUCUAUUCGUCUAUUCACUCAAGUCGAAAAUGGACUCUAGUUGAUGAAGGUGUUGAGUAAUUUCGUCCCCUCAACACUCUGGCCACGGUUUUUCCCGUAAAAUGGGGAGACGUUUUCAAUUUCCUAGGAUUAAUUGUCGCGAUAAUUCGUUGAAUUGGUGAUGAUAUUUAUGCUCUAUAAAAUCGAUCGACGUAUUUUGCAUUGAGGACUACUUCUGGAUUAUGUCAAUGUUCUAAGUGAAUGGGGCAUAAUUUUAACGGUGGAAAUGAGCAUUGAUUUUCUCUUUGGGCGAACAGAACAAAAUGUCUGAUGGUAAUGCUGACUCGAUGGACACGGACGAGGAUUUCUUCAACGCGAGACCCAGGAGACUUAGUGGUAGAUCUACUCACAGGGUCAUGAGGACACAACCUGGAGUUAGGAGGAGCACCAGGAAUAGAAUGCAGACUUAUGAUAAUUUGAACACCAGUUGGAUACUAGGCACGCAAACCCUGAAAGGCUACCCGAUGUUCCAGAACCACGCUUCGUCCUCCGACAAGGAGAUGGCGGAUGAUCCACCCCGGGAUCUUCGUGACCGUAUGCCUCUGCGUUCCCGCGAGAACCACCCUCCACCGUCAAAGUCGACGCGCCACAUCCGCGACCGUUCGGCCCUUCCACGUGAUCGCGCCCCAAUUUCUCACGAUCGUCCCUCCUUGACCGAGCCAGAAUCGAAGAAUCUUCGGGAGUCCCGGCACUCCGCCAAGGACCUGAUCCCAAAAAUCACCACCCGAAGUCGAUCAGAAGUCUCCAAGUCGCCCUCGGAGGAGAAAGAAAUAGUACGAACCCGUAAAACCGACAGUCCGAAUCGCCUCCGUGAGGGCCCGGUGACGCGUCUCUGCGGGAUGCUAGAUAAAGAAGAUAAAGUGAAAACCGAACCCCAGGAGAGGAAUGAUGACAGCUCCCAGGAGUCCGAGAAACCAGAGAACAAUGGAAAUUCCGACAAUGAUGACGGCUACGAGGACAUGUACACGAGGAUCAAAAGAACACGAAGGGCUUCUCAGCGUCAAUUGGACCGAAGCAAAAAGAUGUCAGAGAGUGACAUGAGUGAGUCCUCGGAUUCCCCAGGGCCCCGAAAGUAUAGCCUCCGUCAGAAGAAGCCGACUGUGGACCGAUUUCAGGCGAAUGCUGAGCCUGGAAGAAGGUCCAUUCGAGCCCUUCGCAGUGUUCUAACCAACUCGAUGCGCAGAAGAAAGCAUAGAAGCAAGAGUUCAUCCUCAUCGGACUCUGAUGAUCCCGAGCCCCAAAGAUAUGACAAGAAAAAGGGAAAGAAAGCUAGACAGACAGCUGUCCCCCAGGGCGGCCCACCCGACAAGAAGGCAGAUAUCAGCCCCAUCACCCUCGAUACAAAUAUCAGAUUCAACGACGUUGGAGGCUUGGAGUCCCACAUCCACUGUCUGAAAGAAAUGGUUGUAUUCCCCAUGAUGUACCCAGACGUAUUCGAUAGAUUUCACAUAACUCCGCCUAAGGGGGUGCUGUUCCACGGGCCCCCAGGUACCGGAAAGACUCUCAUCGCAAGGGCCCUAGCCAACGAGUGCUCCCAAGGUUCUAGAAAGGUCGCUUUCUUCAUGAGAAAGGGAGCUGACUGUCUGUCAAAAUGGGUUGGCGAGUCUGAGAGACAGCUGAGACUUUUGUUUGAACAAGCGCAACAAAUGAAACCCUCAAUAAUAUUCUUUGACGAGAUUGAUGGAUUGGCACCUGUGAGGAGCACCAAACAGGAUCAGAUCCACGCUAGCAUCGUCUCAACACUUCUGGCCCUGAUGGAUGGUCUGUCUGAUCGAGGAGAGGUGAUUGUCAUUGGCGCCACAAAUAGAAUAGACGCCAUUGAUCCAGCCUUGAGGCGACCUGGGAGAUUCGACAGAGAGCUCUUCUUUCCACUGCCUGCGAUGAAGGAAAGACUGGAAAUUCUGAAAAUUCAUGUUGCUAAAUGGCAGACUCCACCCACGGAUGAACUCCUGGAAAUUCUUGCUGAGAAGACAACUGGCUACUGCGGAUCUGACCUGAGAGCCUUGUGCACUGAAGCUGUUCUCCAGGGUCUGCGAAGGACCUACCCUCAGAUAUAUAAAACGAGCAAUCGGCUACUGCUUGAUCCACAGAGGGUGGAGGUGAAGAAGAGGGAUUUUAUCGAGGCGAGUUCAAUUCUUGUGCCUUCGUCGCACAGGGUGGCUCCCAGUGUUAGCAGAAAGUUGCAGCCUUUCCUUAUUCCAUUGCUAGGACCUGCCUUGGAGGAUCUGAUUAAUGCUGUGAAGGCCAUCUUUCCUCAGGGAAUCAAUCCAGCUUUGGCGAAGAUCAAGGUGGCUAAGGGAAUUCACAGGCCUAGGAUGUUGGUGACCGGGGAUGAUAGGUCUCACGGUCAAGGUCCCAGAUUAGCCCAAGCUCUGCUGUAUAGAAUGGAGCACGUGCCAGUGCAGACACUCGAUGUCAGCACUUUAUUCGCUGAGAGUGCGAGAUCACCUGAAGAGACAUGUGUCCAAGUAUUCAACGAGGCGUCCCGGAACAUCCCCUCGAUCAUAUAUAUCAGAUCUAUUGACCAGUGGUGGCCUCUAGUUCCCGAGACUGUUAAAGCGGUCUUUAUGUGCAGAAUUGCAGCCCUUGAUCCUUGUCUGCCUAUUCUUAUUCUGGCUACAAGUGAUGUAGACUAUUGUGAACUACCGUCCAAGUUGAGGAAUCUGUUCAGUGAGCUGAGGGGCGAGGUCUAUACCAUGAAGAGUCCUGGACUGGAGCAGAGGGAGGAGUUCUUCAGGCCUAUUUUUGUGGAGCAAAGCCUGAAGGGACCCAUGGUCAAGGACGAAAAGGUUAAGGAGAUGGAGGAAUUGCCACUGGCGCCCGAUCCUAUGCCAAAGAAACUGAGCGAGGAGGAGGUGAAAGUCCUCAGGGAGAAGGAGGAGGUCUCGUUGAGGGAAUUGAGGAUCUUCCUGAGGGAGAUCUGCGCGAAGCUUGCGAGAAAUCGACAAUUUUUCAUGUUCACGAAGCCAGUGGAUAUAGAAGAAGUACCGGAUUACAAUUCGAUUAUCAAACAGCCCAUGGACCUUGAAACUAUGAUGACAAAAAUCGAUAUGCACUGUUAUCUAUGCGCACGAGAUUUCCUGGAUGACGUUGAUCUAAUUUGUAGAAAUGCACUGGAGUACAACCCCGACAGCUUGCGCGAUAGGCCCUCCCUUGGGAUACUGAAGAGAGAUCCAGCAGACAAGCUGAUUCGCCAUCGUGCCUGUUCCCUUCGUGACAACGCCUACGCCCUCAUCAAGGCCGAACUCGACUCCGAUUUCGAGGACAAGUGUCGAGAGAUAUCGAAAAAUCGGCGGGCACCUGAGGACCUCGAACCCGAGGGCAAUAUCCGAGCAACGAAGACCGAAAACGGCACUAAUGACAGUAAGACUGAGAAAAAUCAGAGUCCUGGGGCCUCGGUGGUGCUGAAUGGUAGAAAAUUGAGCACCUCAAGAAAGAGAAAAGUACCAGCUUGGGCCAGGGGAUAUGUGAAGAAAGUUACGAAAAAGAAGAAGAUCAUGUUCGAGGAGAAUCCAACCGACAGUCCACCCAAGGGAAAUAAUGGUACCAGGGUCGUGGAUCUGGAGAAAUUCCAGGAGUUUGAGGCCAAUGCUGUAGUCAUUAAUGGGGACUCAACAAUUUACGACAACACUGACUCUGAGAAUGAGUCAGUGAACGAGGGAAAUCACAGAGAAGUCGUUAUUGGAAGUCAGGUAGAGGUGAUUAGUGAUAAGGGUGAUAAGGGGGAGAAGGAGGGAGAGGGCAAGGAGGAGAAAUCCUUGGAGGAGAAACCUGUGGAGAAUGGUGAGUCACACAGCUCCUCCAGGAGGGAGAGCACCGAUGAUCUCACAUUUGCUGUCGACUGCGAUUCUAGUCCAAAGAGGAUGGGCGAGGAGAAGGUGAUGGUUGAUGAGGGUGAACUGCAGGAGGCGUGGAGGCACACGGUGGAUGUUACCAGAGAACUGCCUGUUGAGGUACUUUGCGAUAUUUAUGUACAACUCAGCAGGUGUGUUGGAAAAUACGAUAAGAGUUACGAUAGAAGAACACUGCCAAAGGAUUUGCUCAAGGAACUUCAGAGAUUCGAGAAUCCCACCGAUAGCCCAAUGGACGAGUCUGAGAGAGAAUGUAACGGUUAAAGCUGUAAAAAAAUUCAAUACGUAUCAUUAGUGUCACUCAUUUCGACAAUUGGAUCUCACUGCUGCGCAACACGUUCCAACGAAACUGCCGAAAUCAUGAAUAAUUCUUUUUUACCGUCUACUCGUCGUCGUCGACAAUGUUUUUGUCAUUAUCAAUGGAAUUUGUACAUAAUACUUUACUUUUGUAUUUUCAUUCUUUUUCAUUUCGUAUUAUGAAUUGUGCGGCGAUUGAGAUCAAUGCUAAUACCAAUUCAUAUAAUUUAAGACUUUCGUGAUUAUUAUGAUCUUUAUUAUUACGGUAAGAUCAUUUUUUAGUUCUAAAAGCUUGUACUUACUCAUUUACUUCUCUUUUUUUUCUUAUAAAAACCAAAUGUCUUGAUCGAAACGUCAAUUUAUGAUAAUUAGGAAAAUUUCGUUGCCAAUUAAAUUGUAAAUUCAAUUUGAAAUUAAUUAUUUAAUAGUUCAAAUUAAGAAUGUGGGAAUUUUAGCCCAAAGUCAAUUUUUAUAUUCUUUGUCAUCACAUUUUCGCUAAUUCGAACAUUGAAAUUUCGUUCAUUAACUAGUGUAAAAUUAUCUCGAUAACAACUGAUUUUUGGAGACAAAGUCGCGUCAUGAAAAAUCAUUGUAUGAAAUUGACUCCUGUGAAGGCAACUUAUAAUAAUUAGAACAAUUUCGCUGCCAAUUAAAUCGCAAAUUCAAUUUUCAAUGAAUCAUUGUUCAAGUAUUGGUAUUCAAAAGAAAUGAAGAAUUCAAUUGUGGAGUAGAUUCUCUACGCGGUCUCGUCAAAUUUUAAAUAAUUCAUUUCUAACGAAUACGUCUCGCAAUGAAGAAUGAUAGCAUUACAUUUGGAGCCUAACAUACAAUUAACGAUAAUUAGAACAAAUUCAUUACCAAUUGGAUUGCAAAUUAAAUUUUAAAUCGUUAAUUCCCUGGUAAUUGGAUUUAAUAAUGAGAAUAUCUGGUGUAGAAUCGAUUGUUUGUUUUUUUUUCUCGCUAAUUUUUCAGUAAUUUAACUACUAAGCCUCCACUUGUUCAUUAAUUAUGGUGACAUUAUCACAUUAACGAGUGAUUUGUCGAGAAAAAAUCUCAAUACAAAUAAAUCGAUAAAAUUGAACCCAAAAGAUAAGUUUUAACGUACCUAAAAAAAAUAUUAAAGUAAUGAAAAGCAAUUCGAGAGACUUUUCCGAAAUUCUCGUUUGUUUUCAUUUAAGUAUUUUUCAUUAUUCACAUAAUUACACUGCCCCGUUCAGCUCACAAUUAAAGAAACAAAAAAAAAUUAAUGAAUACUUCAUCAAUUAACAUGAAGGCACACGAUCAUUCCAAGGGAGUAAUCAUUAAAUAAGGGAAGAGUGGAAGCCAAUCAUCCUCGUUACCUCAACAUCAUUAAUUUAUUUUUUAAAAGACAUGAACAUAAUGCCAAGUCAAUGAGCUUCCAGUCAACCACUGCCGUUGUUAUUGGAUGCAAUUUUUAUUUUUCUCUAACUUUCUCUGUUCUCAAUAACUGUAUUUAGUUUAUAAUUGAUAUACAAAAAUAUUAUUAACUCGAAAAUAAUUGAUUCAGUCAUUGAACGUUCAAUUUAUGUAAAUGAAAUUGUUCGAGACUAAUUUAAGCGUUUAAUGACUGUAAUGGUAAUACAGGCUCACUCACAACGUUACAUAAUAAUAAGUAUAAAAUCGGAUUGUAUGCGGUUAAAAGUGUAUACACUGCCUUAUUUAUUGUAACACAUAAGUACACUAUUUGUUAUGUGAGGAAGCGGAUGAAGGAAGGAGCCAAGGCGAGGAAUAAACAUUAGAAUUUGAUAAUUUGA